CUAGAAAUAGCCAGGAAAUCGGUUGGGCUUGCCAUCACUUGGCUUAACUUGGUUGGUCUCAGUAUGUGUAAAAUCGGAUUUAAUCGUGGCCGAUUUGACUUGAAUUGGCCAACUCUGGUCUAAGUUUUCAAACCAUGCAUAAAAUAGAUAAGUUAAAGCUCAUGAAUCAAGUCAACAACCUUACUAUUUGUGUGGUCUUGGUCAGUUAUCCUAUCACUAGUAAUAAUGUUUGGCCCAGCUUAUAAGAAAAUUGAGUUCAUACGCUGGUGUCAAGGGUACCUAGUGCAUGAGGCUCCUGCUACUGCAGUCUCUGGGGAGAGUCAUAAUGUAUGCAGCCUUACCCCGCUUUUGCGGAGCGGCUCAACAAUUCCUAUGUACAGAUUGUGGUAGUGUCUGAUUCUAUGUUCAUGGAGUUGAUUGGGUUCAGGCCAGUUAGAGAUAUACUUGCCCAUUGUUACCAAAUUUGCUUGUUUACCUGGUUUUGGAGUGGAACAACAGAUGAGCUGAACCAUCAGUUUUUUUUUUCCCAGUCACCCCUCCCCCCCAACCUGAGCUGAAACUUUGAAGGGAACCAUUUUUAACAUCUUGCUAUAUAAUGUGACAAAAUCCAAUUAUCCAUUGAAAAAUUAGGUUUCAUGAUAAAAUUGAUUCGAGGAACUUAAUAUUGUUCUGACCAAUCAAUGGUGGAUACUGAUUUUCAUCAUGGCUAUAAUAGUAUUCCUCCACUAAAAAAAAAAAAAAUUUGCUUUUUCCCCCUUCACAAGAUGAAACAGCCUUGUUACCUCUUCAAGCAUUUUUAAGGAAUCUCGAGGAUUUUCUGAGAAUGCUGGUGGGAGGUGAAUUUAGCUACACUCGGAUGGCUUCAGUAGAAUGGCUCCAUAGCUGAGUCUUGAACAAGCGACUCUACCCCAGGGAGGAAGAAAGAAAAGAAAGAACAAAAUUAAUUAAAUAAAUUAAGCUGUUGCAGGCACAUGGUUGGCCAAGACCUGCUUCCCCAGAAGUUUUCCGAGGUAUCUUUAGUAAAGAGAAAGUAACCCAGUAAGGUAAGUUCCCUGCUUCCUGUGAGAAAAAGUUGUGGUAAGAGCCAAAUUUAGAUAUUAGAUUGUUCCUCAUCUCAUUUAGCUUCCAAAGAUAGAUAAAAGUAGGUAUAGGCACUCUUACUUGCAUGACAGAUUUACUGUUAAUCUAAACUUGUGAAAUUAGUAGGCAUUCCAAUAUUGCAAAAUGCUUUUCCUGUGGAGAAAGCAAAACAACAUAUCCAAGCAAUCAUGUUAAUGAGGCAAUCUCUCUCUCUUAGAAACUACAUUUCAUUUUCUGUUAUAAAUAAGCUGUCAAUAUCAGAAUAUGUCACUGCCUUUACUGCUGCUCACCAUUCCAAGAAUGGAUAAGAGAUUGGUUGAUGCUGCUCGUACUGGAUAUAUGUGCAUUGCAUGCAUUACUUGCUGAAGAACCACUGAUUCUCGAAAGAGCUACAAUGGACUCUGGUGAGAAUCCAUUGCAUAUAGCUUCACUAGCUGGUCAAACUGACUUCGUGAAGGAGAUCAUAAGUCGGAAGCCUGGAUUUGCUAGUGAGUUAAAUGAACAUGGUUUUAGUCCAAUGCAUGUUGCUUCAGCUAUGGGGCAUGUUGAGAUUGUGAGGGAACUCCUUAAGAUCAAGAAUGAUAUAUGCCUUCUCAAAGGCAGAGAUGGUAGGACUCCUCUCCAUUGUGCAACAAUCAAAGGUCGAAUUAUUGUCAUAAAGGAAUUGAUUUCCACUAGCCAAGAAUCUGUCAGAGAGUUGACUGUUAGAGGUGAGACUGCUCUUCACCUGGCUGUGAAGAAUAACCAGUCUGAAGCAUUUGAAGUCUUGGUGGAAGGGCUGAAACAGUUCAAUAAGGAGAUCAUAAAUUGGAAGGAUGAGAAUGGCAAUACUGUCCUGCACUUGGCAGUCUCUAGAAAGCAGAGAGAGGCAAGUCAAUCCUUUAUCAUAAAUAUGUUGCAUAAUGGGGAUGCCAUUAGCAAUGAGGUGGAAGUGAAUGCCUUGAACUCGAGCAGCCUCACGCCUUUGGACGUCUCAGAUGUUGUUCUACAAGGUUUGAAUGAAGGUGAAUUUAGUAUGGUAGAGAAGUUAGUGCGUGCUGGAGCAAAGAGAGCUCAAGAUGUUUUACCUCAAAAGGGUCCUGCUGCUGAUCAGGUUCAGCCAAACAAACCAGCAGGAAUGCUGCUACCCCCACCUUGUCCAUGGAACCUUUGGAGGGAAUUGACUAAGGAAAUAGGAGAAGCAUCUAAUGAGAAGCAGAGUGGAUUGAUGGUUGUAGCUGUGCUAAUCGCAACUGUGACCUACCAAGCGAUACUCAGUCCUCCUAGUGGUUUUACUGGGAAUGAAGUUUCUAGUUGGAGUCAGAUUAAUGCCAUUUUGAGGAAAGGCUCAGCGAUUAGACAAGCUGUUAUGGCUCGUGACCCCGAAGUUUUUGCUAUAUUUACACUUUUUAAUACAAUUGGUUUCUUCGCAUCAAUGGGAAUGAUAUGUUUGCUCACAAUUGGGUUUCCUCUCAGAGCAGGUCUACGGCUUGCAAUGGUUUCAAUGACGGCAACAUAUAUCUGUGCAGUAUUUUACAUAGCUCCAACAAGAGUCAAGACACUAUUCACAGUGGUUACAUUGGUGGGCAUAUUUGUUCUUUUUGAAUUGGUCAGGUUCACAUUAUGGUUGCUCAAGGUUUGGGGAAUACUUCCUAGUAGAAGAAGAAGAGCUUAAGUAUUGGUUAUCAGCCUGGUGUCUGAGAGGUGUUCAUCGCAAACUGUAAUAAAAUGACGAAAUAAGAUAUGAGAUGUACUCAUUUGCAGAUCUCUUGCAACCAGCAAAUAGCCUUCAUUCAUAAUUCUUGGUUUUUGUAAAAAAAGUUUAUCAUUGAUAUGCCCAUCAGUUUCAUUGUUAAAAGGGUUAUGGGUACUGAGUUUUAGAAGUGUGGUCUCGUCUUUGCUAUGAAAAUUGGGUUUAUUUCAUCAUGAUCUGUCAAGAAUUCUUUCUAGAGUCUUGAAGAUCAAUUUCAAUUUCUCUAAUAUUGUUAUGGUUUAUUUAUGUCCUGUGCAGGGGUGCUCUAUUUGUACUUCCUAAUAGAAUAAGAAAU